AUGACUUUCCUUGCCAAAUACAGGUUAGUUAUCGCUUCUCGGCCACCGUUACCGUGGGGCUACGAAUCUGAAAACUUUAACUGGCACGUUAAGCAACAUCAUGACGGAACAACGGUAGUGUAUGCAUGCUGGAGCUGCGGAUUCACGGCGCCGGUUGGUAAAAGAUACCCGGGUAAAAUCGUGACGCAGCAUUGCGUGGUGUCACCCAGAUCCAGCAAGUGCGGCCGCUGUGGCCAAAUUAUAUCCGGCAGGAGUUGCUCCCAGCGCCCGCCCCAGAGGCAUAUACGCCGACAAAAUGCCGGCCACGAUCCCGUCCCGGAGCGCGCUCAUGUGGCGCCGCGACGACACGCCGAAAGGAUAAUUGAUUCCUCAUAUUCUGAAGAUGAACCCUUGGAUCGCCAUCAGGGAGAACACGAGGUGACGGCUGGCGUGACGUCGUCGCAGACGGGACCGGGUACUGAUGCUACGACCCCUCCUGCUGUUCGGAAGGAUGGCGCCUCGGGGUCGACGCCGUUCUCGUGGCCGACGGCCGAGGAUACGGCGAUGCAACAAAACAUCAACAGUGCAGCUGCGCGAGUCAUGGACGGGCUGGCGAGUCCGCGGUGGGCGGAGCGCGAUGAUGCCGCGCGAGCCCCCAGUGAGACCGCGGCGGGUGGAGCAUGGUGGUACCCCUCGGUUCGCCACUGA